AUGGGCGUGUUCGAGAGCCCGCAGUUCAGCAAGGGCACCUACGACGUGGCGGAGUGCAUCGCCGAGCUGACGGAGAAGAACGGCGCCAUCAGCAUCAUUGGUGGCGGUGACUCCGUGUCCGCAGUGAACAAGUCUGGCCUGGCACCGAAGAUGUCGCACAUCUCCACCGGGGGCGGCGCCAGCCUGGAGCUGCUGGAGGGCAAGGUGCUGCCAGGGGUGGCUGCGCUGGACGAGAAGGAGAUGGCCGCCGCGGCGUUCUGCGGACAGCGCAAGGUCCCCAAGGCUUCCAGGACCAGCCUGCGGGCCAAGAAGUCCGUGGAGGACCUGGGCGAGGCGGACCUCAAGGGGAAGACGGUGCUGAUCCGGUGCGACCUCAACGUGCCCCUGAACGCGGACCUGGAGAUCACGGACGACACGCGCAUCACGGCCUCGAUCCCGACGAUCGAGUACCUCUGCAGCAAGGGCGCCAAAGUGCUGGCGUGCUCCCACCUUGGCCGUCCCAAGGACGGGCCCGAGGAGAAGUUCUCGCUGAAGCCAGUGGCGAAGAAGAUGGGGGAGCUGAUGAAGAAGGACAUCAAGUGCGCCCCGGACUGCAAGGCCACGGACGAGGUGAAGGGGAUGGUGUCGGCCAUGAGCGAGGGAGACGUGCUGAUCCUGGAGAACACUCGGUUCUACAAGGGAGAGACCAAGAACGAUCCUGAGCUGGCGGAGAGCAUGGCCAGUCUGGCGGACCUGUUUGUGAACGACGCGUUCGGCACCGCGCACCGCGCGCACUCCUCCACCGAGGGCGUGACCAAGUUCCUUAAGCCGAGCGUCUCGGGAUUCCUGCUGAAGAAGGAGCUGGACUACUUGAAGGGCGCCGUAGACAGCCCGGUGAAGCCGAUGGCGGCCAUCGUGGGCGGCGCCAAGGUGAGCACGAAGAUCCCGGUGAUCGAGUCCAUGCUGGAGAAGGUGGACAAGGUGAUCAUUGGCGGAGGCAUGGUGUUCACCUUCCUGAAGGCACGUGGUCUCUCGGUCGGGAACUCCCUGGUGGAGGACGACCUCAUCCCAGUUGUGAAGAAGCUGGAGGAGCAGGCCAAGGCCAAGGGCGUCGAGAUCAUCCUCCCGAGCGACAUAGCUUGCGGCGAUGAGUUCCCCGCGGGGGGCAAAGAGGUGAACUACAAGGUGGUCCCCGCGGAUGAUAUCCCAGACGGCUGGCUCGGCCUGGACAACGGCCCGAAGGCGACUGAGGAGAUCAAGGCUGCUCUGGCGGAUUGCAAGACGGUUAUCUGGAACGGCCCGAUGGGCGUGUUCGAGAGCCCGCAGUUCAGCAAGGGCACCUACGACGUGGCGGAGUGCAUCGCCGAGCUGACGGAGAAGAACGGCGCCAUCAGCAUCAUUGGUGGCGGUGACUCCGUGUCCGCGGUGAACAAGUCCGGCCUGGCGCCGAAGAUGUCGCACAUCUCCACUGGGGGCGGUGCCAGCCUGGAGCUGCUGGAAGGCAAGGUGCUGCCAGGUGUGGCUGCGCUGGACGAGAAGGAGAUGGCCGCCGCUGCGUUCUGCGGACAGCGCAAGGUCCCCAAGGCUUCCAGGACCAGCCUGCGGGCCAAGAAGUCCGUGGAGGACCUGGGCGAGGCGGACCUCAAGGGGAAGACGGUGCUGAUCCGGUGCGACCUCAACGUGCCCCUGAACGCGGACCUGGAGAUCACGGACGACACGCGCAUCACGGCCUCGAUCCCGACGAUCGAGUACCUCUGCAGCAAGGGCGCCAAAGUGCUGGCGUGCUCCCACCUGGCCGCCCCAAGGACGGGCCCGAGGAGAAGUUCUCGCUGA